AUGCAACAAGACAAUGGGCAGUCGUCCAUUCUGCGCCUCGACAGCUCGCCUGGCGAGCAGGCCUGUAACGAGUGCAAGCGGCGAAAGGCCCGCUGCGACAAGACCCUCCCCCAAUGUGGGCCCUGCACCAAGAACAGGCGCCACUGCCUGUACGAGAAGCACAGCAAGACGCCCUUGACUAGAAGGUAUCUCACCGAGGUCGAGGAGCGCCUGCGCCUCACCGAGCUCCGCGCAAGGGAAGCCGAGAGACGCGCCCAGCUUGCAGAGCAGCAAUUGAGAAGCCUGCCCCCCCGAGACACCUUUGCCAAUGCCCCCGACGCCCAUCCUCGCCCGCCUGCUGCCCACCAGCCGCUGCUCAAGCCCUCCGCGCUCCCCACCGUGUCCGCCUCUUCGGCCCCCGAUGUCCCGACUGGCCCGCCAGACCAACCCGAAACCUUCGUCCAGCAUGGUGGCGCCGAGGCGUCUGCCGUGGGAGCAGAGCCAGGCGCCACGCUCGAGGCGCCUCCCAUUUCCUCGGCAGACUUCAGCUGGGACGAGCAGACCCCGGAAACACUCGUCGAGGACGACGAGACACAAACACACAACGAUGGAGAUGACGAGCCCGUCGUCGACGGCAUGGCCUCCUUGACCGUCGAGGACGGGGAGUCAGGCUAUCUCGGAAACACCUCUGGCGCUGCCAUGCUGCGCCUCCUCCUGCCUGGCGCUGAACAUCGCAGAAGCCCUCGAGCUGGCCACAAGAAACACUUGACGCCAUCAGCCAUUGCCCCGCAUGUUCCUUCUCCCUCCGAGGCCUGGGUCCCCACUCCUCUUUGGACGAAGCUCAAUAUCAGGGAAAUUGACCUGGACGCAAUGAUUGAUUCGUAUUUUGCCCUAUUCCACCUGAGCUACCCUCUGGUCCAUGAGGCGACCUUCAGAGCUCAGUACGCUCAGGUCAUUCCACGCCCCAAUGGAUCCAGCUGGAACGCCCUGGCUUACAUGAUCGCCACCAUCGGUGCUUACACGUCUGCCCAUGUUCCCAUCCCGGUGCACAAGACCCUGUUCAAUGCUGCCAAAUCCAACGUGUCCAUCCACAGCCUGGAAACAGGGAACCUGACGCUUGUCCAGUGCCUCUGCCUGAUGCACAACUACCUGCAGAAGAUGGGGAAGCCAAACAGUGGAUACAACUACCUCGGCCUGGCUCUGCACAUGGCCAUGGGACUGGGGCUGCACAAGGAGUUCCGAGGCUGGAACAUCCCACCCAUCGAGAUGGAAAGCCGGAGGAGAGUGUGGUGGUGUUUGUUUGUCUUCAGUAUUGGUGCUCACAUUACCUUUGGCCGCCCGUUGACCUGGCCGCAAAUUGGCGUCGACGUUGCGCUUCCGCUCAAUAUCAAUGACAGAUAUCUGACCAACAUGUCUCGAGAUCUACCGCCCGAGUCGGACAACGUCACCCACUAUACCUCGGUCAUCUUUCAGUCCAAGUUUCACUUGGCCACCAAUCACAUCUUCUCCCGUGUGAUACUAGCACCCGCUCCUUCGGCUGCAGAACUGCUCCGUCUCGAUGACCUUCACAUUGGAGGCUGGAUAUCAUCCUUGCCCUCGUGGUGGCUUGAGCAUGUCGAGCUCCCGAAGAAGUUCCGCCUUUCGCACAGAAUUUUGUGGUGGCGGAUGUACAAUUUUCGCAUCAUCAUGUACAGGCCAUAUGUCAUUCGAAGGGCUUUGCUCGCUCAAUCAAAGCCCCAAGACAAAGAGUCUUCGUCUGAAGAGGCAACAGCAUACAACCGCUGCCUAGCCGCUGCGAGCUCAACCAUCUCGACCAUUGAGAAAUUCUGGGCAGAAAACACCCACACCCGCGUUGGGGCUUGGUACACUCUGUACUUUUUGUUCCAAGCCUCACUCAUUCCUUGUGUGUGCCUUCGAAACGAGCCCACAUCGCCGAACGCUCUGGACUGGGUCCAACAGCUACAGACGGCUCUUCGGGUCUGCCGCGCCAUGAAAGCAACCAAUCCCAGUGCCCAGGAAUGCUACGAUGUCACCAUCCGUCUGUGCGGUCAUUUCAUGCAGAGCCCAGGCUCCGAUGCUGAGGCUCCCCCCGCCGUAUUCCCUGGAUCACCCACACGUGAAUCUCCACAGACCCAGAUCAACUCCAUCUACCCGAUGAUGUGGCCCAGCAAUACGAACGAGAUGGACCUCGUCAUGCAGGAUGGGGCCUGGACCGACCUGCUGGGAGAUUUUGCCGACCCCACCGUUGGCGGACCCUCGACUGAAACGGCUGAUGACUUCCAAUGGACAUGA